AUUACUUUGAGUUGGAAGUUCGGUAGAACAUUCUUGCCCAUCGAGAAUAUGACCAUUUUUUUAGUCUUCAGAAGUUCAUCGGGUUCGCACUCUCCAUCCAGUCAGCUUUUGACAACUUUACAGAAAACUUCUUGUCCAUCUCAUCGUCGUGGGAUUAUUCAACAACAACUUUGGGAAAGUCUUGGCCCAGUGUGAGGCCGUAGUCAAAUACAAGAGUUCUCCACGCAGUGCUAUAGUGAAGACGAUACAUUAUUAUGUGGGCUACCCUAACAGUGACUUGUUUACUGAUCAAUGCCCUACUUGGUCAGAGCACCCCAACAAGUUUUUGUGUCUCAGGGCUGUGCUUGCCCAUGGACUACAAUAAAUUGGAAAUGCCACCUGGCCGAAAUGAUAUCAAAAUUGAGCUCACUAUUUUGGAUGUACUCUCCGUCAACGACAAGGACUUUUCCAUUUCCGUGUAUGCUUAUUUGGGAAUUCGUUGGCCUGAGCCAAGACUGAUCGGGAAGAAUGGACAAAAAUUGUCCACAUACAGUGAUGAACGCCUUGGGGUGCCCAUCACUGUGGAUCCGGCAUUUUUGAGUUCGGUGUGGGUCCCAAAUAUCAUGAUCGUCAACGUGAAGUCGUUUAAGCCUUUGUCUGAAAUGAAGCCCCAACAAGCUUUGUGGGCAGUGAGCGAGUCCAAUGGGCAAUUCGGCUUUUAUUACGUUCAAGGAUGCAUUAUUAGUUUCUACUGUCCUAUGAGAUUUGAUUUCUUCCCCCUGGAUGCACAUAUUUGUCCGCUGCAAUUGUCUACUAAUUACAACAAUGAACAUGUGUUCUUCAGUGAGACCAUUCUAAAUGAUGCUUCUAAGAGUCGGAACGUGGUUUUAGAAUACUCCCUUCAGAUCAAGAAAAUUCCUGAUGGGCAACGGAUGUUGGCCACGAAAACCCUGGGGAACUAUUCAACUACUGGUGUGGAGUUCUAUCUAGAGAGACACAAGUUGAAGUAUUUAUCGAUAUACUUUCUACCCUCGGGUUUAUUCGUGGUGGUUUCUUGGGUGAGCUUCCUCAUCCCACCGGAUCAAGUGGCUGGCCGAAUGUCGAUGCUCAUCACUUUAUUCUUAGUUUUGGUCAACAUCUUUGGAAACAUUACCUCAACAAUGCCAAAUACAGAGGGUGUGACGGCCAUAUCUGGUUGGAUGAUUGUGUGCAUCUUCUUCGUCUUUGGAGCUUUGUGUUGUUAUGCGUUUCUUCUUUGGAAAAUGAAGCCCACGUUUUAUCUGAAGAAACACGAGCGGACCCCUGAAGAUAUCAAGUCCAAACAUUGGCAAAGAGUGAAAUUUGAUGAUUGGUGUUUCAUGAUUUUUCCCAUUGUUUUCGUUUUAUUCAAUAUUGCCUAUUGGGCCAUUUGCUUGAAUACGCCUCCUUCAGAGGAAAUCGCAAUUCGGCAACCUUUCAAGACGGUCCUCACCGAAGCUUGACAUUUGAUCGCAUUGUUUUUUAACAGAAUUGUCCUGCCUACUCUGCUUUGAAACGAGAAUUAAAGAUAACGUUAUUUUUGCAUGUU